AGUCUGGAAUCUGGAUUUAAUUAUUUUUUUUGUACGUUUCCAUUUCCAUGCACUCGCAUUUUUAGCGCAUUUAUAACUACAACACGGUCACACAGAUUCAUAAACUAUUUUUUGACAAAUAGUUUUACUUAGGAUAAAAAUUACAAAUUUUCUGAUGACGAGUGUAUGUAUUAAGCGACCUGUAGAAGAAAUCGAUACUCGACAGCACUGGAUCAAUAAAAGCCGGGUGGCACGUUUCCUUCAAGGUGUUUCCUUUCCACCAAACCAGAAAUUUUGACUUGAUCCUCCUCCGUUAUCUGUGGCCUCUCGUCAAUUAGUGGAUUGGAUAAACAUGUCCACCACCACACACGACAACGGUAAUAACUCACAGGGAGAAAGUUGCUGCAAGAAAUUCAAAAUCUGCGAAGCUGGCUAUGAAGGAGUUGGCCAGUACGGUGCUGAGGCACUCGGAGAAAGUCGCGAUUACCUGCUCUCGUUGACCAGUCUGCGGCCAAAGGUGGCAAUCAUUUGUGGAUCUGGAUUAGGGUCGCUGGGAGAAAAGGUGGACGCGAGCGAAGGCGUGCGCGUCCCGUACGGCGACAUUCCUCACUUCCCAAAGUCCACGGCGCCCGGUCACAAAGGCGUGAUGACGAUUGGAAAGCUCGCCAACAUUCCUGUGAUCUGCAUGCAGGGCAGGUUCCACUUGUACGAGGGGUACUCUGCGUGGACGGUGUCAAUGCCGACCAGAGUGUUCAAACUGAUGGGAGUUAAAGUCCUCAUAGUGACGAAUGCUGCGGGAGGACUCAACUACGACUUUCGCAUGGGGGACAUAAUGAUCAUCAAGGAUCACGUCAACUUCCCAGGUUUUGCUGGCGUCUCUCCACUCCGAGGACCGAAUGAUCCUGCGUUUGGCGAACGUUUCACAGCCCUUAAUGACGCGUACGACUCGAAAUUCAGGACAGUCGCCAAGCAAAUCGGGGAGGACAUGAAGAUGGGGAGGGUGAUGAAGGAAGGCGUCUACGGGAUGAUAGGAGGUCCAGCUUAUGAAACUCCGGCGGAACUGAGAAUGUUCAAAAUGAUGGGAAUUGACGCGAUCGGAAUGAGCACGGUUCAAGAAAUCAUUGCAGCUCGACAUUGCGGCAUUCGGUGCCUUGCUUUCAGUAUUAUUUCGAAUAUAGCUGUUCUGGGAUAUGACACGACGGAUAAGCCGAACGAGGAGGAGGUCAUCGUCACCGCGAAAGACGCAGAAGUAUACUUGCAUGAUUUUAUUCUCCGUUUUUUGACACAAAUCGAGUCCGAAUUGACGUCAGAUUAUAUAUAAGUGCAUUUAACAACCUUAACUAUUUGAUUACCUGGCUGAACAAAUAUGUACCUACAUAAUUUUUGUUCCUGAAAUAUAUACAUAUCUAAAAUUUACUAGUUUCAAUGCAAAUUUGUGCAAAAUCGUUAGUGCAACGGCAGCUAAAUAUUCAAACUGUAUACGACCUUUCCGAAUACUAUGCAUUUGUAAUUUUCGUUAUGACCGUCUCUGAAAUUUUAAUCCUAAUAAUAAAGUACAGUAUUAUUAUUCAACGAAA